ACAACCCCAUCCCAGCGAUCUACCAUCUCCACGUCCCAUUGUUGUCGCCUGCACCCACCUUCUGCCACAGCCCUCUCAUGUGUCGUGGUCCUCUCCUUUCUUCCUUCGAACUGCUCGAUUCUCAUUCCCUUUCGCUUCCCACCUGAACCUUGGGUGUAGCGGACCUCGGCCUACAUUCAUCGAAGCACUAGCGUCAUACGCGGGGUGGAACUAUCAUCCGCGAGCUCCCCUUCGCGCUCUUGCGCUCUUGACACCACCUUGGCGCUAUUGUUCUGAGCAAGGCCGCGUGGCCUUGAACAAUUGGCAAAAUGUCGUGGAAACGGUCAGAGAAGCUGAUGGAGACCAUCAAGCACUACAGCAAAUUCCCUGCAACUGGUGUAUCAUUACGGCAGAUGGUGCAGUUUGGCGAGAGGCCGUCGACAGGAACCCUCUUUCGCGCAUCGCAAUUCCUCUCCGAAGAGCUCCCCAUACGGUUGGCACAUCGCGUGCAGGAGCUCCAGGAGCUCCCAGAUGGUCUCAAUGAGAUGCCCUCGAUAUGCCGCGUUCGGGAUUGGUAUGCGCAAUCAUUCGAGGAUAUCGUCACCCUUCCCCGACCGAAUCUCUCACCCGAAGUCAGAGAGCGCCUCCUAAAGCCUGCGAGGAAAAGUGGAAAAGAGAGCCAAAUUAUGAGCAGAGCGACGAAGAAUCCUAGCAUUUUAAAGGGACAAUAUAGAUCGGCUUCCGGAUUCAGUACAGAGGAGGAUGGUGACGGGCAUGAGAACGGAGAUGGGAAUGGGAAUGGGAGCAACAUCGCGAGACGGUUGAAAGGCGCGACGUCCAACCGGAGAUACUACGUGGCGGCAGACGAUGGGGGAGAAUGGCCGCCGGAAUUGAGCGCCUACAACACAAAGUUCGCGGAGACGCUGGAGAGGAUCAAGAGGCGGCACGACAGCGUUGUCACAACCGUGGCUCAGGGUAUUCUGGAAUGGAAGAGGAAGAAGCAACGGAUGCAGAUUGACAACAACAUUCAGGCCUUCCUCGACCGCUUCUACAUGUCGCGUAUCGGCAUACGGAUGCUCAUCGGACAGCACAUAGCGCUAACCGACCAAAGGCAAAGGUCGGACCCAAACUACGUCGGCAUCAUCUGCACAAAGACCAACGUUCGGGAGCUCGCACAAGAAGCCAUUGAGAACGCACGCUUCGUCUGCGAAGACCACUACGGCCUCUUCGACGCCCCCAAGGUCCAACUCGUAUGCAACCCCGACAUCAGCUUCAUGUACGUUCCCGGCCAUCUCUCCCACAUGCUCUUCGAAACCCUGAAGAACUCGCUGCGCGCCGUCGUGGAACGCCACGGCCAGGAUAAAGACGAAUUCCCCGUCACCAAGGUAAUCGUCGCCGAGGGGAAGGAGGAUAUCACGAUCAAGAUUUCCGACGAGGGAGGCGGCAUUCCCCGCUCUGCCAUCCCCCUCGUCUGGACCUACAUGUACACGACGGUUGAUCAGACCCCGAGCUUGGAUCCGGACUUCAAUAAGAGCGAUUUCAAGGCUCCGAUGGCCGGGUUCGGCUACGGACUACCGAUUUCGAGACUCUACGCGCGGUAUUUCGGAGGUGAUUUGAAACUGAUUAGCAUGGAGGGCUACGGCACAGAUGUCUAUCUGCAUCUCAACCGCCUCAGCUCGUCCUCGGAACCCCUCCAAUAGCAAUUACCAGUCUCUCGGGACGAAUGGGCCUCCGGGGAGCUGAUUCGCUGCCGAGGGACGUCUUCUACGCCUUCCUCGUACCUGGCGUCCAAGGUCAUGCGCCUGAAACUGUCGGGCGCCUCGACGAGGGAGGUCAGUGAGAGGAGGCAAGUUGGUGAUGCGGCGGAGAUGCUUGCGGAGAAGGAAGGGGAGAAGCCCUGGUGGAAGAAUGUGGGGAUGGAGGAGGGGAUGUAGGGUCUGUGAAGUGGGAAAAGAGUCAAUGAUUGCUGCUGUGAUGAUGGGUCAGGUGUUGGAUGGCCGAGAGAAAACGGCCUUUGUAUCUAUAGCAAAACGAGAAAUUUGGGUUUUUGGACAUUUGGGAAGGGAAGAAAGCACGGCAGCAGAGCCGUUGGUUGAUAUUCUAAGUGGCGUUCCGUUGGGGGUCGCGCAGCGCAACAUGUAUUUGCAAUGGAAGAAAUGAACAUACACAUCAUUGGCGUGUGGAG